CUGUCCUCAGUCUUCUUUCUCUCAUCAACUUUUGUCUAAUCAUUUUCCCCCUCCUCUUCACCCUCUCUAUCCUCCUUCCACAAUGCGUGAGAUCGUCCAUCUUCAGACCGGCCAGUGUGGUAACCAAAUUGGUGCUGCUUUCUGGCAGACUAUCUCUGGUGAACACGGCCUGGAUGGCUCCGGUGUUUACAAUGGCUCCUCUGACCUCCAGUUGGAGCGUAUGAACGUCUACUUCAACGAGGCCAGCGGAAACAAGUACGUUCCUCGUGCCGUCCUCGUCGAUCUUGAGCCCGGUACCAUGGACGCCGUCCGUGCUGGCCCCUUCGGUCAGCUCUUCCGUCCCGACAACUUCGUUUUCGGUCAGUCCGGUGCCGGUAACAACUGGGCCAAGGGUCACUACACUGAGGGAGCUGAACUCGUCGACCAGGUCGUCGAUGUUGUCCGUCGCGAGGCUGAGGCUUGCGACUGCCUCCAGGGUUUCCAGAUCACCCACUCUCUCGGUGGUGGUACCGGUGCUGGUAUGGGUACCCUCCUGAUCUCCAAGAUCCGUGAGGAGUUCCCCGACCGCAUGAUGGCUACCUUCUCCGUCGUUCCAUCCCCCAAGGUUUCCGACACUGUCGUUGAGCCCUACAACGCCACCCUCUCCGUUCACCAGCUUGUUGAGCACUCCGACGAGACCUUCUGUAUCGACAACGAGGCUCUGUACGAUAUUUGCAUGCGUACCCUCAAGCUCUCCAACCCCUCUUACGGUGAUCUGAACCAUCUGGUCUCCGCCGUCAUGUCCGGUGUCACCACCUGUCUUCGUUUCCCUGGUCAGCUCAACUCUGAUCUCCGCAAGCUGGCUGUCAACAUGGUUCCCUUCCCUCGUCUCCAUUUCUUCAUGGUCGGCUUCGCUCCUCUGACCAGCCGUGGCGCUCACUCCUUCCGCGCCGUUUCCGUUCCUGAGUUGACCCAGCAGAUGUUCGACCCCAAGAACAUGAUGGCUGCUUCUGACUUCCGCAACGGCCGUUACCUUACUUGCUGUGCUAUCUUCCGUGGAAAGGUUUCCAUGAAGGAGGUCGAGGACCAGAUGCGCAACAUCCAGAGCAAGAACCAGUCCUACUUCGUUGAGUGGAUUCCCAACAACAUCCAGACUGCUCUUUGCUCCAUUCCUCCCCGUGGUCUUAAGAUGUCUUCCACCUUCAUUGGUAACUCCACCUCCAUCCAGGAGCUCUUCAAGCGUGUCGGCGACCAGUUCACUGCUAUGUUCCGUCGCAAGGCUUUCUUGCAUUGGUACACUGGCGAGGGUAUGGACGAGAUGGAGUUCACUGAGGCUGAGAGCAACAUGAACGAUCUGGUCUCCGAGUACCAGCAGUACCAGGAAGCCUCCAUCUCUGAGGGCGAGGAGGAGUACCCCGAGGAGGAGAUUAUUGAGGGUGAAGAGUAAAUUACUUAGUCGAUAGCGACAUGAAUUGAGACCAGCUCAUAGUAAUACCCAUGGCCAGUCCGUGUUCGUGAACUUUUACCUACUCGAAAGUUUCGUUCCGGAUCAACGUCAUUGAAAUGUUUUGGUUUGAGCGC